AUGGCUGAGGAUCGACUAGAGGCGAUGCUGCUUGGAGAGAGAUGCAGGGACAAGCCGGUGGUGGUCGUGUCCAUCGCGGGGGCCGCGAGGAAGGGGAAGUCAUUCAUGCUCAGUCUCUUUCUCAGGUACCUCAGGGCCAAGGAGCCGAAAAAAUGGCUGAAAGAUAAGCACGUUCCCCUGAAUGGGUUUGCUUGGAGGAUGAGUUCCGAGAGAGUGACGACAGGAAUCCACAUCUGGAACGAGGUUUUCACCAUCAAACAGCCCAACGGGGAAGAGGUAUGCGUUGUCCUCAUGGACACCGAAGGGACCUUUGACUGCGAGGAGACGGUCGGACACAGCAGUACCGUCUUCCAGUACUUCACAGCGUACCGCCGGCUCUGCCUCGAGAAGAACGGGGAAACACCUUUCCAAGACUUCAUUUUCCUCGUGAGGGACUGGAGGAACAAUCACGAGUACAAGUACGGCUUCGAAGGAGGGGAGAAGUUCAUGGAAAAGAAGUUGCAUACCUCGGGGAAGCAACGGGAGGAAGUGAAGGAAGACAUCAAAUCCGGUUUCUUGAAGCGGAGGUGCUUCCUCACGCCCUAUCCGGGUGAGAAAGUGGCCGGAGAUGCCAAUUUCAACGGGUCAAUUUCGGACAUGAGCAAGGAUUUCAAGAAGCAGCUGAAGGAACUGGUGCCGUCGCUGCUCUCGCCGGAGAACCUGGUCCCGAAGAAGAUCGCGGGGAAGACCAUCACGUGCGAGGACCUCUUCCGCUACUUCCAGUCGUACGUCGGGAUCUACAACAACCGACGGGAGAUCCCCGAGCCCCAAAGCAUCUAUCAGGCCACGGCCGAGGUGCAGCACCGGAAGGUCGUGGACGAAGCGCUGCGACGCUACAAGACGCGGAUGGACGAACUCAGCACAGAGACUCCCCCGCCGAAUCCCGGAGAACUGCAGGAGAAGGACGUCGAAUGUCGCGGCGAAGCCUUCAAGAUCUUCCACGAUUCCAAGAAGAUGGGCGACGACCAGAUGUCCGACGCAAACAAGGCUCAGUUGGAAAUGGUCCGCCCCAGAAAAGAGUCAGGGUCGUAUGUGGUCUUCCUCGAGAAAAAGCACCUCCAUAUGUCCUGCAAUGCCAUCAUGUUUUUGGCUGUUCAUUUUAACAAUGACAACGAUCUAGAAUGCAAAUUCAGGAUCAGAGAGCAUAUAACACAAUUUCGACUCCAGUACUUCACAGCGUACGGCCGGCUCUGCCUCGAGAAGAACGGGGAAACACCUUUCCAAGACUUCAUUUUCCUCGUGAGGGACUGGAGGAACAGUCACGAGUACAAGUACGGCUUCGAAGGAGGGGAGAAGUUCAUGGAAAAGAAGUUGCAGACCUCGGGGAAGCAACGGGAGGAAGUGAAGGAAGACAUCAAAUCCGGUUUCUUGAAGCGGAGGUGCUUCCACACGCCCUAUCCAGGUGAGAAAGUGGCCGGAGAUGCCAAUUUCAACGGGUCAAUUUCGGACAUGAGUAAGGAUUUCAAGAAGCAGAUGAAGGAACUGGUGCCGUCGCUGCUCUCGCCGGAGAACCUGGACCUGAAGAAGAUCGCGGGGAAGGCCAUCAGGUGCGAGGACCUCUUCCGCUACUUCCAGUCGUACGUCGGGAUCUACAACAACCGACGGGAGAUCCCCGAGCCCCAGAGCAUCUACCAGGCCACGUCCGAGGUCCAGCACCGGAAGGUCGUGGACGAAGCGCUGCGACGCUACAAGACGCGGAUGGACCAACUCAGCACAGAGACUCCCCCGCAGAAUCCAGGAGAAUCCACCUCGUCCGCACAUGGAAUCCUUCGCCCCUCUCAGGCCUGGAGCGAAUCGAACAGCAAUUCGAUGCUGCGUCUCAUCAUUUCCUGUCAUAAAAUGGAAAUCCCAGCUGGAAAAGCCUUUCCAAAGCAGCUGCUGACCAUCCGACAACUAAAUGCCCUUCGAAACACUCAACCCGAACGCAUACAACUUGUUCAUGUAUUUGUAACUGCUCACUCCCGAGAAAUGGGACCUGGGCAGGCCGUCUGCAUCCUUGAGCGCACGGAAUCCGAGGAUGGCGAUAGCUACUACACCUUGCAGGAGGAUCGGCUGGGGGGGAUGCUGCUAGGGGAGCGAUGUAGGGACAAGCCGGUGGUGGUCGUGUCCAUCGCGGGGGCCGCGAGGAAGGGGAAGUCAUUCAUGCUCAGUCUCUUCCUCAGGUACCUCAGGGCCAAGGAGCCGAAAAAAUGGCUGAAAGAUAAGCACGUUCCUCUGAACGGGUUUGCUUGGAGGAUGAGUUCCGACAGAGUGACGACAGGAAUCCACAUCUGGAAUGAGGUUUUCACCAUCAAACAGCCCAACGGGGAAGAGGUAUGCGUCGUCCUCAUGGACACGGAAGGGACCUUUGACUGCGAGGAGACAGUGGGACACAGCAGUACCGUCUUUGCGCUCAGUACUUUAUUGAGCUCGGUACAGAUUUACAACCUGAAGGAGAAUAUUCAGAUGGACGACCUUCUACAUCUUCAGGUACUUCAGGAAGGGCACUUCAUGAGUUCAUUCAGGAGGAUGAGUUCCGACAGAGUGACGACAGGAAUCCACAUCUGGAAUGAGGUUUUCACCAUCAAACAGCCCAACGGGGAAGAGGUAUGCGUCGUCCUCAUGGACACCGAAGGGACCUUUGACUGCGAGGAGACAGUGGGACACAGCAGUACCGUCUUCGCGCUCAGUACUUUGCUGAGCUCGGUACAGAUUUACAACCUGAAGGAGAAUAUUCAGAUGGACGACCUUCUGCAUCUUCAGUACUUCACAGCGUACGGCCGGCUCUGCCUCGAGAAAAACGGGGAAACACCUUUCCAAGACUUCAUUUUCCUCGUGAGGGACUGGAGGAACAGCCACGAGUACAAGCACGGCUUCGAAGGAGGGACCACGUACGGCCGGCUCUGCCUCGAGAAAAACGGGGAAACACCUUUCCAAGACUUCAUUUUCCUCGUGAGGGACUGGAGGAACAGCCACGAGUACAAGCACGGCUUCGAAGGAGGGGAGAAGUACAUGGAAAAGAAAUUGCAGACCUCUGGGAAGCAGCGGGAGGAAGUGAGGAAGGUGAAGGAAGACAUCAAAUCCGGUUUCUUGAAGCGGAGGUGCUUCCUCAUGCCUUAUCCGGGAGAGAAAGUGGCCGGAGAUGCCAAUUUCAACGGAGACCGACCCACUAACCGUGGUCGCACUUCUUUGGACCUUGAACUUACACUUCAGCAAGACUUCGUCGGUGUCGCGUGCGACACGCGAGCACGGACGAAGCCGUCGCGAUCUUCCCAAGUUUUGGAAACGGACGGACGGACGCCCGUGUUCGCGAGCGACAAGAUCGCGGGGAAGACCAUCACGUGCGAGGACCUCUUCCGCUACUUCCAGUCGUACGUCGGGAUCUACAACAACCGACGGGAGAUCCCCGAGCCCCAGAGCAUCUACCAGGUGACCACGCGACCUCCUCCCUCCGACCGCACCCUGACCUCCUCCAGCCACGGCCGAGGUCCAGCACCGGAAGGUCGUGGACGAAGCGCUGCGACGCUACAAGACGCGGAUGGACGAACUCAGCACAGAGACUCCCCCGCCGAAUCCCGGAGACUGCAGGAGAAGGACGUCGAAUGUCGCGGCGAGGCCUUCAAGAUCUUCUACGAUUCCAAGAAGAUGGGCGACGACCAGAUGUCCGACGCAUACAAGGCUCAGUUGGAAAUGGAGCUGGACGAGGUGUAUGGAAACUACCAGAAGCAGUGUGGGUUGAAGCACUACUGCAAUCAAAUGGAGGAACUCUUCAAAAGCUCCAAGUUUUACUUGAAAGAAUCCGAGCUUUUCGACAGGCAUUACGAAAGCAAAAGGGAAGUGCUGGACAUCUUCGAGCAAGUUGGGACGGUAUGCGAAGCGUUCAAAUGCUACAAGGAGACUCUGGAAAGGGAAAUCGACUUGAUGUACAUCAACUACAGCGACAGGCAGAAAAAGGAACUGAAGCAGACGUGCUGCGCGGGCACGGCCAUCGCCCUGAGCGUAAUUGGGUUGACGGCAGGAGUCGGCGCGACCGCGAUCGGCUUGGCGGCGGCGGCGGGGGCGGGGGCCGAGGCCGCGGCCGGCUUGGCUCCUGCCGCUUCCAGGGUCAUCCCGAUCGCGACCAGGGUCCUCUCGUGCGCCGCUUCCGCUGGUGUGGCCGGGGCCGCCGCCUUGUACCAGGCGACGUUGAAGCGGAAAGACGCUCAGAAGGAAGAGAAGGAGGAGGUUAUCGCCCUGACGGAAAUGAAUGAAAAUUCGCAGACAGCGGAAGCGCGAGACGAAAGGCUGGAGGCGGGAGACGACGGGUUGGAGGCAGGAGACGACGGUUUGGAUGCGGGAGACGACAGGCUGGAGGCAGAGACGACCGUUGGAGGCGGGAGACGACGGGCAAGAGGCAAGGCGAGGCAAGGUUUCCGUGGAUUACCGAGCAGAGAGUGA